ACUUGAUUUGUGUCUUUAAAACUACCAACAAUUUUUUGUUAUAUUUAAUUAAAAACAAUGUUUACACAUCUAUCAUUUUUAUUUACGUUGUUUUUGAAUAAAAGCUACAAAGGAUAGAAUAUUUUUGUGCUUCUAAACAGGAACAAGUUCUCGUUAUUAUGCAUAGAAACAACAUGGCGAUUGAAAGAUCAACACAUGUUAAUGCCUUGGAGAAGAAGAGUGGGUAUGAUUUGCCCGUUUAUGGACUGGAUAACGGUCAGUUUUAUGCAAUCCAUAUACCAGCACUGGUAUGUGUAUUUUUAAGCUUAGUCGCAGCUGUAUUGACCAUAUGUUUUUCAUUCAAACAUCAAAGAAUAUCAACAUUUUUCACUUGGACAAAAAGUGAACGGUUUGUUGUGUAUCUUGCCAUAUGUGAUGCCUUGUUUAAUAUUUUUCAUUCUAUGGAUCAUUUGCAUAUAGUCAUCACUAAGGAUCAUAUUUACCCUAAAGCUCUUUGUCAGUUUAAUGCUAUCAUGUCAGUCGAGUUUGUUCCAGCCCAGGGAUUGAUGGUAAAUAUAGUCGCUAUUAACGCUUUUGUUUUGAUUUACAUUCGUAAAAAAACUCGAUUUUGGACGUUAUGAUUGGAAGUUAUUGCUAUGGAUGUUCUGCCUGCCAUUUGUCUUCGGUGUAGUGGCACUUGCAACCGGAUCAUUAGGACCGAAUGGAACGUUCUGCUACAUCGAUCCUGUGAAAGGAAAAUAUGCAAACUUAUUUUUCACCACAGUGCCGUUGCUAUUAAUUCUCAGUAUGAAUGUCGUACUGUAUCUUCUAACAUGGUAUCGUAUUCGAAAGGAGGAACCAAGGUUUAAGGACUUAUCUGGACAGAGUUCCAAUGUUGUUCGUUCAUCACACAGGGCAGCCAAAAAUAUGUCAUUGUUUGUAGCCGCUUAUUUUAUACAAUGGUGGGCCACGGCUUUGUAUGGAGUGUGGCAAUUACUGGGAGAUGUCCCACUGGUAUUGUUUCAGUUCGUCACGACAUUUUCAAACAUUGGGGGGAUCUUGAAUGGAAUUGUUUAUGUUGUUAUCAGAAAGAGAAAAAGCGACAUUAAUAAUUAAACACGACCAUAUUUAUAAGCCACAUUGUACACAGUGCUCGUUUGGAAAAUGUAGCCUAAACUGUGGGUUAGACCUCUUCUAAUGUUUUGCUAGUCAAUCCAUCUGCCACUGAGUUAGGAAUAAGCUUAAUUAUUGUAUCUAUCUAGCAAAUAAAUAAAAGAAAGUUGUUUCUAUAUUUUACAAUAAAUUAAUACAAUAAAUUCCUUUUAACGUAAUACAAAACCGUAAGUACUAAAUUGUGGGUGACUCUUAACCCAAAUUGAUUAUAGCGUAGUUUAAAUAAAAACUUCCGAUAGGUUAAUUUUUAAUGACACUUUCCAGUUUCAAUCGUAAAAGUACCAAAUACAUCCGCACCAUAUUUAUACAAACUGAAAUACAUCGGGAAAAUUAGAACUUGUACGCACUCCUGCAAUCCAAUUAAUAUAUGGUUUUCAACAUUGUAUUUUCGCAUUCUAUUUAUCUCCAGAUGGUUUAUGAGAACCGAAAAAUGUUAAUAAAAUGUUUAAAAUGAAUAAAUUGGUUUUAUUAUUAAAAAUUUGAUUUUGAAGAAACUGUGCGUUUUUUGUCAAAUUCUUCAUUUUCAUCACCGACUCUAUUAAAAGUUGCACAGGUCUGUAUGACAACAGGUGACCUAAGAAUAAAAUAAGAAAAUAAGUUCUUUACAAAAUACAAGUCUUCCAGUUUAACUGGACUUUGUCCGAAAUGUAGCGGGUGCAAAUAGUCUUUUGGCAGAGAAAAAUACAUGUGUACAUCAUGAACUUCCUUAAUCAUUUUUAAGACAAUUAUACGGUUUGAAAUUUUAGCAGUUAUAAUGUUUGAAGUGCAGGGAAUACAACAACGAGAAGACAUGUUAGAAAAUGAUUGUGAAUUGUUGUAAUUGUUGAAUUGUCAGAGAUCCAUACUGAUAGCAAUCACACUUAUAACAACAUGUUUUCUUACAUCACAGUCAUGCCGAUCCCCACAUUUCUUUUCACAAGUUUUCAAAUCUUUCUCGCACAAAUAUCCUUUCACAGUAUAGCGACCUUGAGUUUUUGUCAAAAUCAUGCAAGUGUCGCCAUAGCAUUUUUCAGGUUUAAUAUUUAAACCAGUAAUUUCUCCGAAC